AUGAAUUCUUCUGUUCUUUGUAUUUUUUCAAAUAUGUUAUUAAAAGAAAAUAUACAAAAUAAUUUAUUAUGGAAAAGAAUAGAAAAACGAUCUUAUGAAUUAAUAAAUGAUUUUGAAGUUAAUGAUAUUGCUUCAUUUUUAUUUUGUUUAAGCAAAGUUAGAUAUGAUACAAAUUUAUAUGAUAAUUUUAUUCCUUUAAUAAAAAAGAAAUGUGAAUAUUUUAAUACGUCUAAUUUGGCCAUGUUAAUAUCUACAUAUUCCAAAAGAAAAAAAACAAAAAACAAAAAAACAGAAGAUGAUUAUAUUAUAAUGUUAUUAAAAGAUGAAUUAAAAAAAAAAGUACACACAAUAUAUAACAUUGUAGAAAUAUCCAUGAUUCUUAAUGCAUUAGUAAAAUGUAAUAUUAAGGAUAAUGAUUUAUAUACUAAACUUAGUAAUAUUAUUAUUGAUAAUGUAAUGUAUAAUAAUGUACACAUUAGAGAUUUAUGUGUAAUUACAUAUUGUUAUGCUACUAUAUUAUAUAAUAAUGACAACUUAUUUAUAAUAUUAUCUCAAAGAAUUAAUCAAUUAAUAGAACAAGCCAAUCUAAUGGACUUAUGUAGAAUAUUAUAUUCAUAUAUGAGAAUAAAAAAAAACUAUAAUCAUAUUUUAAAAUCAUGUACCAUACAAAUUAAAGAUAUUAUAUAUAAUAGAAGCUCCAUCUCUGAUGUAAUUAAUUGUAUUCAUUUUUUACCAAGCCUCAAGGAAAUUAUAGAAAAUGAGCAAGACGAAGAAAUUGCAGGUUUCGACGAUUACGAUAAUGAGAAUAAUACAAAAGAUAAUCAUAAAAUCUGUGAUAAUAAAUAUAAUAUAAAUUAUAGUAACGUUCAUAAUAUGAAUGUUUCAAUAUCAUAUGACAGAACAUGCAAUUAUCAUAUUAAUUAUUUUAAUUUAUAUAAUUAUGUAAUACAUAUAUUCAAUAAAUAUUUUAUUAGUUAUAUACAUAUGUUAACAUCAAAACAGAUAAGUAAUAUAUUAUAUAUAUAUUCAAGAUACAAUAUAUUUAUUUGUCCUUCCAUUGUACAUGUUUUUAUUGAAAAAGUUAAAAACAUGCAGUUAACAAGGGAAUUAAAAAUAUACAUGCUUUAUUCCUUAUCCAUACUUUUAAAAAAUUAUGAAUCAAAAAAUAUAUUCAAGUAUGAUGAAAAAAAUACUACACCCAAAUGUUAUGACAUGAAAAAUUAUAUCUCCAAAUGUGAUGAUUAUAUGGAUGAUAAUAAAUUAAAAAGUUAUACAAUAAACAAUUCAUUUCAAAAUAAUAAAUCAUGUGAAAUAUUUAAAAAAAAACAACAUAAUGGUAACAUAUACAAUUUUUAUGAAUUGGACAUAAAUAAUAUUUUUAUUAAACCCAAUUCUGAAUAUAUUAUAAAAGAAAAUGGAAAUAUUCAAAAUAGGAAAAAUAAUAUGUUAUAUAUAAAUAAUUAUAAUUUUGUAAAAUUAAAAAAUAAUUUAAUCGAAUGUUUAAAUUUAUGGGAACAGGACAUUAAUGAUUAUAUAAACAAUCAUGACCUUAGUUUAACUCAAGAUGUUAUAAGAAGAGUGUUAAAUAUUUUUUUAAUUUUAAAUUACUCCCACAAUAGUGUUAUAUAUAGUAUAAGAAAUUAUGUUAUACUUAAUUACAAAAAUAUAAAUGAGCAUAAUGCAUAUAUGAUCAUGUAUUAUUUUCAACAAUUAAACAAGUUAAAUGAUGAUGACGAUUUUGCUGAAAUUUUGACGUGUAAAAUGAAAUCAUUAAAAUGA